UUUAAGCCGUUAUACUCGAAUAAAAGUCGGUGUUAUUUUGUUUUUGGUUGGUUUGUUGACAAUUAAUUAGCGGGUGGUUCAUUCGAGUUCAUUAUGGGAACAGCUGCAACUGCAUGCCACAUGGUGAAGCAUAUUGUAUAUAUUAAACUAUUGUGGGUGUUAACAUUGGGGUUGGGGUGAUGAACAAAAAGAAUUUGCAAGUUCAAAACAUAUGGAGAAGCGAAUGUCUGGUGGAGGAAGCUAAAGUCGCUCUUUAUCCCAUGCAUGCAUUGACUACCUCUAACCCUCUCUCUUUGAUUAACUCCUCUCCCUCUCCCACUAUUAACGUUUCACCAUUUUCAAUGAUCUCUGGCCCUUGGAGCCGGCACCGACUCGUCCUAGUAAAUAAAUAAAUACCCUUCAUUUUGAGAUCUCAGUAUAGUUCUCUUCAACUACUACACUACUUCCUCUCUUUCCUUGGCUUCUGUCAUUUAUUUACCUCUGCGAAAAGCUGGACGUACCACAACAAGUUUUCAUCAGCAGAUUAAGAUUAACAAUGGGUGUGAUCGUGAUGUUGAGGAACCUGUUCUUCACCGCUUUGCUGAUCAUCGCCAAUAUUGCUCCUAUGGUUGUGUCUUCUCCUGAUGGUCUCCCUGCUGUCGCCACUACUCAUGUUGCUACCCACUUGGGAGAGGGAGCAACUCGGGAUGGUAGUGUAAAGAGAAAUGCUGUGAAGGAGGCCUCAACAACAGCAAGCAUUAAUACUGACGAGGGACAGCAGUAUGAGCAUAAGAUGGAGAAGAAGAUAUUGGGAAGGAAAGCAGCAGGAGGUGGCAGAUUUGGUGCAGCAGCUGCUUCGGAAUUUGCUUCUACUACUGCAUCAUCCACUGCUGGCUUUGUUGCUUUCACUUCUGAUUAUCACUCUCCAAGGCAUCACCCACCGAAAAACAACUAACUACCUAAUUAAUUACUUAGCACCUCCAUUUUUGCUUACCUUAUUACCUAGCUACCUCCAUAGCUAGGUUUAUUUCGUACGUGUCAGUUAUAACUAUAUAUCAGCAUAUAGAUAAUGUUAUGAAUGUCGAUGAUCGAACAGGCCUUUCUUUCGGUUUUUGCUUCUGUAGAUCACUCUCUCUCUCUCCUGCUUAUGUACUCUGCUCUUUGAGGAUAUAGUUUUCCCAUGUCAGUGGUAAAAGUAAAAUAGAGUAACCUGG